GCAUAGUAGGGGUUCAAGUGUGUUAUAAGGGCUUGCGAGAAUCUAUGAAUUUAGUAAGACUUGUGGUAAACCUGAUUAUCAAAGAUUCACCAAUGUAAAGUAGUGUUUUGAUUUCAUUAUAUUUUCCUUUUAAAUUUAAAUUUAGAUACAAUUACUAUGAAUAAAUUGAACUUAUUAUGCAGAACAGUAUUCUUUACUUCAUCAUUCCAUUUACCUAUAUCGCCAUUUUACCAGAGAAGUUUGUUUAGCAUGUUUUCCCACAGAAAUAAAAAUGAUAGCAUCUUAGAGAAAAAAACUCCAUUUGGUCGCUUCAGUGAUGCAGAAAAAGUAAUUGAGAAAAACAAGGAUGAUCUAGAAACAAAGGAAGAUCCAUUUGCAAGUUUUCCAGAUGCUACAAAUCCAACAACUGGAGAAAUAGGAGGACCAACUGGUCCUGAGCCUACUAGAUAUGGAGAUUGGGAAAGAAAAGGAAGAGUGUCUGAUUUUUGACAUUAACUGGACUGUCAUAUUAAAAAUCUCAAAUGUAUAUGUAAAUUCUUUCAAUAACAAUUAUCUCUACUUCUAAA